CUUCCUGUAGGUAAAAGUAGACACAGAGGAGAAGCAAUCAAAACAGAAGAGCUAACAACUGCUGCACAUCACUUACAGGCCAAGCAUCAGGAAGGUUCAGCAUUUCAGGGAAUGUUAUGGAAAUGAGCAGGACAAGCACUCUAUUGUUGUUGGCCUCAUGUGUGUCCUCUGCAGAGGCCUCUGUGAGCGACCCGACUUACUGCUACAUUUUAGAUGUUAUUCUGCUGGUGUACUCCAUCAUUUUUACCGCUCUCUACUUUCGAGAGAAGUUUAUGAAAGAAGGGCCCGUUCCUCCAGAUCCUGCAGCCCCGGCCCGUAACCCCAACGAGCCCGUCUAUACAGACUUGGAUCUGCCUCAGGUGGGAUCUGAUUAUCAACAACUGGACAGACCGAUUAGAAGACGAGAACCAGAGACACAUUAUCAGGAACUGAGAGCGCAUACGAGUGAUGAAUACCAGCAAAUAGGAACUAAAGGAAAACCACGCAAAGCCAAGAGCAAAGGGAAUGAGGGCCGAACAGGGAGAAAAAGGGAAGCAGCUGAGGCUGUGGAGAUGGAAACAUUUCCUACUGUAUGAUCACACAAUGAACACACAGCAAAGACAGGAGCAACAGAGUAUAUCUGUUAACUAACAGAUAAAUUAUAUAUCUUUGUUGGAUGCACUUGUGUCUUGAUUCUUGUAUUUGUUACUCGGCUAGUAUGAAUAAUCAGUAUUUUGCAGUCUUGCUAGUAUAAACGCAAACAUACUGUUUAAAAGACUGCAGUCAGUAAGAUGCAAAUGAAUACUCCGCAAGGACACAUCCAAUUGAUGAAAAAUUAAAGCUGUAAAUAAUAUUGUUAUAAAUUGUAUUGUUUUGAUACUUUUAUUCAUAAAUUUGAGCAUCAGCUGAAACAUUUUUUACCCGCUUUUUUCCCUAAUGCACAGUCAGGUUCAUAAAUAUUGGGACAGACACAAUUCUAACAUUUUUUGCUCUAAACACCAACACAAUGGAUUUGAAAUGAUCAAGAUGUGCUUUAAGUGCAGACUGUCAUUUUAAUUUGAGGGUAUUUACAUGCAAAUCAGAUGAACGGUGUAGGAAUUACAACAGUUUGCAUAUGCGCCUCCCACUUGUUAAGGAACCAAAAGUAAUUUGACAGAAUAAUCAUGAAUCAAACUUCAUUUUUUAAAACUUGGUUGCAAAUCCUUUGCAGUCAAUUAGGCGAUUGACUUGGCCAUUGCAUAACAUUCCACUUCUUUCCUUUCAAAACUUUUGGUUGCUUUUGCAGUAUGCUUUGGGUCACUGUCCAUCUGCUCUGUGAAGUGCCGACCAAUGAGUUCUGAAGCAUUCGGCUGUAUAAGAGCAGAUAAUAUUGCCUGAAACACUUCAGAAUUCAUCCUGCUGCUUUUGUCAGCAGUCACAUCAUCAAUAAAUAAAAAGAGGACCAGUUCUAUUGACGGCCAUACAUGCCCAUGCCUUUACCACCACUAUGCUUUACUUAGGAUCAGGAGCAGUUCCUUUUUUUCUUCAUAAUCUUCCUAUCACUCUGGUGGUACAAGUUGAUCUUGAUCUCAUCGCUCUAUAGGAAGUUGUUCCAGCACUGUGAAGGCUUUUUUAGAACUCUAAUCUGGCCUUCCUGUUUUUGUAUAGAGAGCCAAAAAUAUAAGAAUUAUGUCGAUUUUCCAAUAUUUAUAGACCUGACUGUAUCUUAUUUCCUCUUUCUAUAAAAAAUGCUACCUCUCGACUGACCUGUCUUCCCCUGAAAUGUGUGAUGUUUGUGUAUGGUCGGAGGGGUCCCAUUUCGCUGCAUUAAACAGUGUUGUGACAAAUAAAGGCUUCAUCAUCAUCACCAUCAUCAUCAUCAACCUCAAACCUUUGAACAGUAGUUUUGUAUGUAUAUAUGCAUGUAUAUGUACAUAUAGUAUACUGUAUAUAUGCAAUUUUGCCUUAUGUAUGUUAUCGAAAGUUAAUUAUUAAUAUUAAUGACUUAUUAUGACUGAAAAACAUUCUCUCUGGAGAUGUAAGAAACAAUGUUAUUAUUUUCUACAUAUUCUGAAUGUGUAAAAUAACCCAUUUGACUGUAAUUACUGUAAACCACAAGGCUAAAAAUAA